GGCGCCCUCCCGCCCCGCGGCCGCGUUCCCAGCCCAGCCCGCGGCGCCCGAGCCCCAGCUUUGUGGGAAGCUAACCUCCGAGGGCAGGCGGGAUGGCUAGCUCGGCCCGGGAGCACCUGCUUUUUGUGCGGCGUCGAAAUCCCCAGAUGCGGUACACGCUGAGCCCCGAGAACCUGCAGAGCCUGGCCGCCCAGAGCUCCAUGCCAGAGAACAUGACCCUCCAGAGGGCGAACAGCGACACGGACCUGGUGACUUCCGAGAGCCGCUCCAGCCUGACUGCCAGCAUGUAUGAGUACACGCUGGGGCAAGCCCAGAACCUCAUUAUCUUCUGGGACAUUAAGGAGGAGGUGGACCCCAGUGACUGGAUCGGACUUUAUCAUAUAGAUGAGAAUUCUCCAGCCAACUUCUGGGAUUCUAAAAACAGGGGUGUGACCGGAACCCAAAAAGGGCAAAUUGUGUGGAGAAUUGAGCCUGGGCCCUAUUUCAUGGAACCGGAGAUAAAAAUCUGUUUUAAAUACUACCACGGCAUUAGUGGAGCCCUUCGUGCCACGACCCCCUGCAUUACCGUGAAGAACCCGGCUGUGAUGAUGGGGGCAGAAGGCAUGGAAGGAGGAGCUUCUGGAAAUCAGCAUUCUCGGAAGCUAGUUAGCUUUACCUUGUCAGAUCUUAGAGCAGUUGGGCUAAAGAAAGGGAUGUUCUUCAAUCCCGACCCUUAUCUUAAGAUGUCCAUUCAGCCAGGAAAGAAGAGCAGUUUCCCCACCUGUGCCCACCACGGACAGGAGAGAAGGUCUACUAUCAUCAGUAACACCACUAAUCCGAUUUGGCACCGAGAGAAAUAUUCCUUUUUUGCACUUCUUACUGAUGUCUUAGAAAUUGAAAUUAAGGACAAAUUUGCCAAGAGCCGUCCCAUCAUCAAGCGUUUCCUGGGGAAACUAACCAUUCCAGUCCAGAGACUGCUGGAGCGGCAAGCCAUUGGUGAUCAGAUGCUCAGCUACAACCUUGGCCGCAGGCUCCCAGCCGACCACGUGAGCGGGUACCUCCAGUUCAAGGUGGAGGUCACGUCUUCUGCGCACGAAGAUGCUUCUCCAGAAGCUGUUGGCACAAUCCUUGGGGUCAACACUGUGAAUGGAGACCUCGGAAGCCCUUCUGAUGAGGAGGACAUGUCGGGGGGCCAUCACGACAGCCCCGUGUGUUCCAAUGGGCCAGUUUCUGAGGACAGCGCUGCUGACGGGACGCCCAAGCAUUCUUUCAGGACUAGCUCCACUCUGGAAAUAGACACAGAGGAGUUAACCUCCACGUCCUCGCGGACCUCACCCCCGCGAGGACGCCAGGAUUCACUCAAUGAUUACUUAGAUGCGAUUGAACACAGCAGCCAUUCCAGGCCGGGCCCCGCCUCCUGCUCGGAGAGGUCCAUGGGCGCCUCGCCCAAGCUGCGGAGUAGUUUUCCCACCGACACGAGACUCAACGCCAUGCUUCACAUCGACUCCGACGAGGAGGACCACGAGUUCCAGCAAGACCCGGGCUACCCGUCUUCCUUGGAGGAGGAAGGAGGCUUGAUCAUGUUCGGCGCCACGUCGAGAACGGACGACGCGAGCCUGACGUCGCAGACGAAGCCGGAGGACACCCCGGCGGAGGCAGAGGAAGCGUCCACGAACGAGGCCGCGUCCUUGGAGGAGAAGCCGGAACAUCCUCCGGAGCCGGCGCAGGCCUCGCUGCCCGCAGGCCCGGCCCCCGAGGAGAGCGAGAAUGGCGCGGAGGCCCGAGCGGGCGGCGAGCAGGGCAGCGGCGAGCUGUGCGACUCGCAGGAGGCGGACCAGGCGGCGAGCGGGGCGGACACGGCGGCCUCGGACGCGUCGGGGGGAAGCCGCCGCGCCGUCAGCGAGGCCGAGUCCCUGGACCAGGGCUCGGAGCCGUCGCAGGUGUCGUCGGAGACGGAGCCCAGUGACCCGGCCAGGACGGAGAGCGUGAGCGAGGCCAGCACCAGGCCGGAGGGCGAGAGCGACCUGGAGGGCGCCGACAGCUCCUGCAACGAGAGCGUCGCGACGCAGCUGUCGUCGGUGGACACGCGCUGCUCCUCGCUGGAGAGCGCGCGCUUCCCCGGGACGCCCGCCUUCUCCUCUCAGGACGAGGACGACGGAGCCGGCGCCGCCGAGCCCGCGGGCGGCGCCGCCGGAGGGUCCCCCGUGUCCCUGCGGGCGCCCAGCCCUUCGCCGGGGGUGGCGGCGCCCGGGGCGGACGAGGAGGCGCCGGCGGAGGACUCGGGGGACUCGGCGGCCUCGGGCCCUGCGCCGCGACAGGAGGAGGCCGGGGAGGUGUGGCGGCGGCGGGGGAGCCUGGAGGGAGCGGCCGCCCCGGAGAACCGGCCCCAAGAAGACGGCGACGCCGGGGAGGCCCGCGGGGCGUGCGAGGGGGCGGCGGCCCAGGAGGAGGGCGCGGCCGGAGGUUCUCAAGCCAACGGCCACCAGCCAUUGAGAUCGCUGCCUUCCGUGCGCCAGGACGUCAGCCGCUACCAGAGGGUGGACGAGGCUCUCCCUCCAAACUGGGAGGCACGCAUCGACAGCCACGGCCGGAUCUUCUACGUGGAUCACGUCAACCGAACCACCACGUGGCAGCGGCCGACGGCGCCCCCGGCCCCCCAGGUGCUGCAGAGGUCCAACUCCAUACAGCAGAUGGAGCAGCUGAACCGGAGGUACCAGAGUAUCCGCAGAACCAUGACGAACGAGAGGCCUGAGGAAAAUACCAAUGCUAUCGAUGGGGCAGCGGAGGAAGCUGACUUUCACCAAGUCAGUGCAGAUUUCCGGCGGGAGAACGUCCUGCCCCACUCUACCUCUAGAUCCAGGCUCACGUUGCUGUUACAGUCUCCCCCUGUGAAGUUCCUCAUCAGCCCAGAGUUCUUCACCGUGCUGCAUUCUAACCCUAGUGCCUACCGCAUGUUUACAAACAACACGUGUUUGAAGCACAUGAUCACCAAAGUCCGGCGGGACACCCACCACUUUGAGCGCUACCAGCAUAACCGGGAUCUCGUGGGAUUCCUCAACAUGUUCGCCAACAAACAGCUGGAGCUUCCAAGGGGCUGGGAGAUGAAACACGACCAUCAGGGCAAGGCGUUUUUUGUCGACCACAACUCCCGCACCACCACUUUUAUCGACCCCCGGCUCCCGCUGCAGAGCAGUAGACCGACGAGCGCGCUGGUCCACCGACAGCACCUGACAAGGCAACGCAGCCACAGCGCAGGCGAGGUAGGAGAAGAUUCUCGACAUACAGGACCACCAGUUCUUCCCAGGCCAUCGAGUACGUUCAAUACAGUCAGUAGGCCGCAGUACCAGGACAUGGUUCCAGUGGCUUACAAUGACAAGAUUGUUGCUUUUCUGCGCCAACCCAACAUCUUUGAAAUUCUACAGGAGCGUCAGCCUGAUCUUACCAGGAAUCAUUCACUCAGGGAGAAGAUCCAAUUUAUCCGAACUGAAGGGACCCCAGGAUUGGUGCGUCUUUCUAGUGAUGCCGACCUUGUUAUGUUGCUGAGUUUAUUUGAAGAAGAGAUAAUGUCUUAUGUGCCUCCACAUGCCUUACUGUACCCCAGCUACUGUCAGUCCCCACGUGGCUCCCCCGUGUCCUCUCCCCAGAACUCACCAGGUACUCAGCGUGCCAAUGCCCGCGCGCCAGCCCCUUACAAGCGAGACUUUGAAGCCAAACUAAGGAACUUUUACAGGAAGUUAGAGACGAAAGGAUAUGGACAAGGUCCAGGGAAAUUAAAGUUAAUUAUCAGAAGAGAUCACUUACUGGAAGAUGCUUUUAAUCAGAUCAUGGGCUACUCCAGAAAAGACUUGCAGAGAAAUAAGCUAUACGUCACAUUUGUCGGGGAGGAAGGGCUGGAUUACAGUGGACCCUCCAGAGAAUUUUUCUUCCUUGUAUCCAGAGAACUCUUUAACCCAUAUUAUGGCUUAUUUGAAUAUUCAGCCAAUGACACAUACACAGUACAAAUAAGUCCCAUGUCUGCUUUCGUAGACAAUCACCAUGAAUGGUUCCGCUUCAGCGGGAGGAUUCUUGGUCUCGCACUUAUACAUCAGUAUUUGUUGGACGCCUUCUUCACUAGGCCCUUUUAUAAAGCUCUUCUCAGAAUUCUGUGUGACCUGAGUGAUCUAGAAUACCUUGACGAGGAGUUCCACCAGAGCCUGCAGUGGAUGAAGGACAAUGACAUCCAUGACAUCCUGGACCUCACGUUCACUGUGAAUGAAGAAGUUUUCGGGCAGAUAACCGAACGAGAAUUAAAACCAGGGGGUGCCAACAUCCCAGUCACAGAGAAGAACAAGAAGGAGUACAUCGAGAGGAUGGUGAAGUGGCGGAUUGAGAGGGGCGUCGUGCAGCAGACGGAGAGCCUAGUGCGCGGCUUCUAUGAGGUGGUGGAUGCCAGGCUGGUGUCUGUUUUCGAUGCAAGAGAACUGGAACUGGUCAUCGCAGGCACAGCCGAAAUCGACCUGAGUGACUGGAGAAACAACACGGAAUACAGAGGAGGGUAUCAUGACAAUCACAUUGUAAUCCGGUGGUUCUGGGCCGCAGUGGAAAGAUUCAACAAUGAACAACGACUGAGGUUGUUACAGUUUGUCACAGGCACGUCCAGCAUUCCGUAUGAAGGAUUUGCUUCUCUCCGAGGGAGUAAUGGCCCAAGAAGGUUCUGUGUGGAGAAAUGGGGGAAAAUCACUGCUCUUCCCAGAGCUCACACGUGUUUUAACCGUCUGGAUCUCCCACCGUACCCAUCCUUCUCCAUGCUUUAUGAAAAACUCUUGACAGCAGUGGAAGAGACCAGCACCUUUGGACUUGAGUGACCUGCAAAAGCAAUGUCGGGCUCCGUACAGACAGGCAAGUUCAGAAGCUGCCCUCUUGAAGAAUGGCUGAACUUUGGAAGCUUGAAGAGUGCACUUCCAUUAGAGUAAAGCUGAAUGCUCUGAUUGUCCAGGAACACACACGCUGUCCCAUUUGGGGACCGGAUAGUGGUGAUGAGUCCUCUUGGAAGGAUUGGGGUGAGCUUGAUGCCCAGGGAACAACCCAACAGUCUUUCAAUCAACUGUUGUUGACUGCCAAACUUUUUUCCAUUUGUGUUAUGUUCCAAGACAAAGACGAACCUGUACACGAUCAGCUCCAUGGCACUUUUAGGGACUCAGGAGAAUCUUGAAACUUACCACUGAACGUGGAUCAAGCCACACUGGCAGCACUUGGCCCAAUGUCCAAAUUAGUGCAAGUUAAAUAAUAUAAUAAAAACCAACAUGUUUCCUAAAAGUACACUCACUGAAGCCCUAAGUUAUAGCAGAAUGUUCAUUUUCUUGCUUCUGAGUGCCUGCAUGGUGUGCACCAUAGGUUUCAGCUUUCAUGGGACACGAGCAAAAAUGAAACCCAGUCAACAUGAGGUAACUUUAGAGAUUUGCAAUAAGGUGGUCUGUGACAAUGUAAAUGCCAAGUGAAAUGUGUGUAAUUAUGGCUGAAGACAAACUGUUAUACAACAAAUAACUAAUGACAGAUUUUAUGCUUUAUAAUGCAUGAAAACAACUUAAAAAUAACUAGCAAUUAAUCACAGCAUAUCAGGAAAAACUACACGUGAGUUCUGUUUUAUUUUUCAUAGGUUCAUUAUAUUUAUGUUCUUGAAGAUGUAUAUAAGAACCUGCCUGUCAUACUGUGUGUAUCACCUGCUCCAUUUCCAUGUUCCAUGCUUACUCGGGCAUCAUGCUAGUACGUAUCCUUUUAAGCACUCUCAAGAGAACAAAAGGGCCUUUUAUUUUUAUAAAGGUACAAAAAAAUUCCCCGAAAUAUUUUGCACUGAACGUACCAAAGUUGAAGGGACAUUACAAUACGACUAACAGCAACUCCAUCACAUGACAAAUGUAAUAGAAAAUUGCUUCUAAAUCAGACUUCCUCACAGUGCCAUGUCUACCACUACAAGGACUGUGCAUCUAAGUAAUAAUUUUUUAAGACUCACUAUAUGUGAUAGUAUGAUAUGCAUUUAUUUAAAAUGCAUUAGAUUUCUUCCAUCCAUCAAAUACUUUACAGGAUGGCAUUUAAUACAGAUAUUUCGUAUUUCCCCCACUGCUUUUUAUUUGUACAGCCUCAUUAAACACGAAGCUCAUUUAGGGAGCCAUCAGCAACACCCAAGAGAUCAGCUCUCUUUAGUAAUAAGAAUUCCAUUUUCCCUCAUCGAUGAAGACAUCACAAAUUGAAACUCUCAGUACUAUAUUUCUAAGCCUGCAUUUUCACUGAUGCAUAAUUUUCUUAUCAAUAUUAAGAAACAAUUUUUCUAUGGUAUCUCAGAAACUGCAUGAUAUCACUAAUGUUAUUUCUGCAUAAUUUUAUCAGAGGAUGUUCUUCAUUUUUAUUGCUUUUGGGGUUACUCCACAUCAUUGUUUAUUUCUUGACUUAUGGCCAUAACUAAUCGGAGUCAGUUCUUCAACAGAGUGAAGUUAAAUCAUGGAUAAUAAAAGCAUUGGAUUAACAUUUGGUUUGCCAGCCUGUGGUUUUACAGGCGUUGCCCCAACACCUCUUUGAGAAUUAUAAGUAGCCAUGGAAUUCCUAUUAUGGGAUGUUGGCCAUCUUGUAUUUUAUAGGGUCACAUGCAUGGUUUUCACAGGUGGUUUGUAAGAACUAAUUGUUGGGUAAGCUAUGUUUACUACUGAGACCCUCCAGAGGAAUAUCACUCAUGUUGCAUUCCUGAACUAUGCAACAUUCCUGAGCAGGGGGAAACGUUCCCCAAAAAAGGUUACCAAAAUCUAAAGAUAAGAAAGGAGGAUUUAUCUGUGUACUAUAACUGGACCAGAGAAAAAGGGAAGAGAAAAAAGUUUUAAUUGGAGAUGUUAGUUUGUACUUACUGAUCAUGAAUAUAAGUAUAUAUUUAAUUUUGCAAACUAUUUUUACUUGUUUGUAUUUUUUUCGUUAAAAGGAAAUUUAGUUAUACUUAAACACACCUACAUCCUUGAUGGUUCAGAACUGCAUUCUCUAAGCAGCUAGUGUAAAAGGUUACACAUUUCUUUCAAAAAUUGACCAUGUUAGCUUUCAUUUUGGUUUGUGACACUUUACCAUAUUCCACAUUAUUGGGUAAAAGAGAUCUCUUUAAUUAAUCCUAACAAAUAUAUUUCUUGUUAAGGCAUCUAACUUCUUCCCAAAGCUACUGCUGCUCUAGUUCUCAGAAUUGGGAAUUAAGGAAGAUGAACUUAGCAUAUCGGAACACCAUGAUAACUGACCUACUAUUCUUAAUUAGUAAAACAAAGAAGUCCAAUAGUAACUAUAAAAACAUUAAAUAACAUUUCCACAGAAUAAAUUAGACUUGAAUAUCCCCUACAAAUAGAAAUAUCCCUAAAUAUUUUCUUCUAGACUCUGAGACUAGAUGACUUGGCUGAGUGACUUCACACAUGGGAGAUACUGUGGCUAAAAAUAAAAAUCACAUAAAUGCUCCUUCUCUUGGUAACUAAUGGCAUGUGAUGGUGUGUCAACGCUGGUCAGGUGGGGAGGCCCAGGGCGCAUUCACACACUAGGGUUUAAAGUGCUCAGACGGGGAGCUGAACCAUGAAGGAGCAGCUCAAGGAUCUUCGAAUUAUCUGAGAAAUGGCAAAAUUAAGUCCAGUAUUUUCCCUCUGUUUCCUCUCAUCUGCACUUCAAUGUAACUUCGGUUUUCAGGGGAAAAAAAUCCCAGUCCUCGAGCCCAACCCGCUUCGGGGGUCAGGACGUUUAUUUUGUGCACAAAAACAAAUGGAUCUUGGCUAAAGAAGUGUGGUCACAAUUUUGUGGCAUAUGUUGGGUGUAUAAUUUAGUGGACAUCCUAUAAUCGAAGGGAAAUCCGUUUCACCUUCAUUAACCAUCAGACGUGCUGAAACUGUAUCCGAAAUGAUGAGCAGUAAGGGUAGAAUGUGUGUGGAUAUCGCUUUAGAGUUUAGAGUGCUUUCCCGUGUGCCAUCUUACGUCUGUUGCUGCUCACGUGCUUCUGGGAGGUAAGAGGUAUCAAUCCCAGCUGGGUGGAGGCUGAUUUUCAUGGAUCGGUUUCAACACUUAAUGGUUACAAUUCUAGUUUUCGUUUCAAACAAUGUGGAGACUAGUGUUUCUACAACAUAUUCCACUCUCAGUGAAUCUUCCAAGAUGUUGCAUCUGCCCAAAUUCUCAUUUUUUUCAAACAUUUUUAAAACGCGUCACCUUCUGAAAAGCUCCUGGAAGGUACUAGUAUAUUCGUGGGGAAAAAAACUCCUCAUGGACUUAAUACUUGCAUUUUACUACUUGUUAUGAGAAAUUUAAAACAAUGCAAAAUUAUGGCACUUGAUGGAUUUACAGGAGUGUGGUUUAUUAUUAUUUGGAAGCAAAAUAAUGGGGAAGAAAACCCGCUUUAAUCACUAACCUUAUUUUAUUUUUUAAUUCUUAAUGAGGAUGGAUCUAGAAGGUCUGGGAGGUAGGUUCCAGUGAUGUGGAUGAAGGAACCCCUGCAGAUUCUCUUUUCCUUUCUGUCCUCUUCAUAGUCACUCCAUUUUUGUCUGUCUUUCUGCACAAGUUGUAUUCAUGACUUGACCACUUCUAACUAAGGAAAACAUCUUACAGUAAAGAGUCUGAAAGUCUUUUCAACUAAACUGUACUGGAGAGAUUCCCAAGGCACGCGAUAGAUCUGUUUAUCUAACAUGGAAGCAAAGGAAGACCAGAGACAUUAAAGCUUUCUAAACUGUGGCUUAUGGCCAACAGCUGCCCACGAGAGGGGCGAUGCAAGCGAAAAGCAGAAAAGAGAAGCCCAGCAGUUGUGUCCCCCACCCCGGCCGGAGCACAGUGCUAAUUCCUGGCCAACUGUCAAGACUCUGGGGUGGUAGCUGCCUUCCAAAGAGCUGGGACAAAGGAUAUAACGCGUGUGUGUGCUGCCCCUAAUCACAGAACUUUGGGCCAGGAGGAAUGCAGGGAUGGUUAAGACAGGACCCUAGCAAAGGGAAAGUAAAAACAAGGACUGGAAAGAUCACCUUUGGGCUUCAAUUUGGUUUCUGACUUUCGGGAAGAAAAGAAGAAAAGAACGUCGUACUGCCUAGCGAGGCUACUGCUUGAUAAUCUGCCUGGUGGGAAAUUAGCCUCGCUGUGUAACUUCGGUCGGCUGAUAACAUCUUCGGUAUUGCACAACAGAACUUGAAAGUAUUAAAGCUAACCCACAGAUGAAUCAGGAAAAUUUGACAAUUUAGCAUUAAAUUAUGUUGUGGAUUUGGUUUAACUUCAGAAUUACUGUGGCUAUUAUUGAACUUUCUAUAUAAGUAAAAAAAAAAAAAAAUGGUGUAGCCUGACAUACUUAUGAUGCUUAAUUUGUUUCUCAGCAGACAUUCUCUGACGUGAGAAUAGCUUUCGGGACAUUUUCGUGGUUUCUAGUGGUUACUUAAUUGUUCCCUAUUAAUCCAGAAAGCAGAAACUCAAGAAUUGGGUUGCCGAAUUGCAAAUGGAGACCUGAUCAGUGUUUCCAAUUUUUCAGGAAGCUGAUCAAGACUGAAAACACAUUGGCUCAGAUUUACUCUGCUAGGCAGUUUACUUGGCUUUCAUGAUGGCACAGUUCAGCAGCAUUGGAGGCCCUAGUUUUAGGGUUUCUGGGAAAAAAACAGAGUAAUCAUAUUUAUAUACGUGAUCUUAGCAUCUAGUGGCCUUGGGCAGGUGGUAUCUUUCCAUCUAAUUUUCUCUUAGGAUAUUGCCUCCCUGAGGAGUGUCGAUAGGUCUCUUGUGGGAUUCAGCCUGAGUUAGCUAUUGCUGAUGCAGGUAAGGAACCAUCAGUAAACUUCCGGUUACUACACCUUCUAUAAAAGAGGAUGGAUAAUAUUCAGGAAAUACCUGGAAGGACUAACCAGGAAACACACAGAACUGAAUGUUCUUUUAGGACCUUAAUGCUCUAAAAGCUGUUAUUACAACCUAUUUUUCUUUAUAUGAUAUCGUAAGUAAAAUCUGAAGCUGUUAAUAUAUUGGAAAAUGCAUACGAUUACAUGUUUUUAUAAUAGGGAUGCAGGCAUUCCAAAAUGGAAAUACAUGCAUCUCUCUUGCCUCUUACUGAAAGUAUUAAUCUAAUUUUAUAAUAAUGCUUACUUUUUAAUAUUAAGGCUCUGUAAAAAAAAAUACCAUAUUUAUUUCUAAGAUUUCAGUAGAGCACAGGUGAUGUAUUUUUUUAAGCCUUUCCAUUUCUUUUCACCAACUCCAGCCAUGUGUCCAUUAUUCCAUGUGUCACAGUCAAGAGCUAUGUUUCUAUUUUUGUUGAGUUGAUUUAAGCUUCAUAUUCAUCCAAUGUGACUUUUAACAGAGAAAUAAUGGGAGGUAUUUAGUAUUGACAUUAAGACCAUACAGUUCUCAUUUCACCUUAUAUUUAAAUUUCAUCUAUUUUUUUCCAGUGCAAAUAAUGCAGAUUGUUGACAUCCUAGAAAUGAUUUGUGGGUGGUAUUAAAUGGAGCCUGAGACUCUGAAAUGUAGACUAGAUGUUGGUUUUCUGGAAAGUUUGUAUUCUUAUCCUCACCUGAACCCCUGACUUUUGUGUUGUAUUUUUUUAUAAUUCCAAAAUGCUUUGAGGGAAAGAUAUUUUAAUGUGUACAAUUUGUUUUAUUUUCAUACUGAUCUCUAUUUUGUUUAAAACCAUGUUGCACCAUGAAAUCACUUAAUCCAAAAUAAAUCUUCUUU